UGACGCAUUUCCGGGACGCCGGGGGCAAAGGGAAGCCGCGGUGGAUGCCGGGGAAUCGGGAAAAUGGUGGUCACCAGGUCUACACGUUCUCGGGCCAAGAUGCAAGUCGCAUCCUCUGAAAGUUCCCAGCAAAAGAGUUUUGCUGAAGGGAUUCAAGCAUGUCCAGAAAGCAGGAAGGAAUGUGGAUCUGAUGACCAAAGUAUUACUGAAUCACCGCAGACUGAUGGGGAUAAAAGAUCAGUCCCUAGAACUCCUAAAACCAGAAAGAGGAAGAGCAGAGCUACAACCUCACUAGCAGAGAUAACUGAACGAUCUACUGAUGGAGAGAACUCUGAAGCAGAGUCAAAUUAUUCUUCUGUGUCUGAGGUCCAGGAGCCUAUUGUAAGAAUAACCAGGAGAAGAAAGAUCAUAAUUACACCCACCGCCGUGUCUCGUGUUAGGAAAAGGACGAUAACUCUGAUAAAUGAGCCUCUUACUGAAGAAGUUGUCUCUGAAUCAGAAUCUCAUGUUUCAUGUAUUUCUAGAAUUGUGCCUUCUACAGAAGUAACAAGAAGAAGGAAGGCUAAAUCUCUAACAAAUCUAAGCCAAGAAUCAGAUGCAGAAGCUACAGCUGAUGCUGAGUCAUGCUCCUACAUUUCAAUCUCUGAAAUUACACCUAAGAGAAAAACCAGAAAUGUGCAGAGUAAGUUAAAAGCAGAAACUGAGAAGAAAGAUACUAAGGUUGUACCAGGAAAUGAAAAGCAAAUCAUAAAUACACCUGUGAAUUCAAAGGAUACAGAUACCAGACAGGAUUCUCAGUUACCAGCAGGAUUUCCUUCUCAGAUAAAUAAACCAAAUUUCUGUAAUAAUGAAAUUUAUAAUGACUUUAAUGAUGAUCCCUUCCAUAAAAAUUCAGACAAAGAACUAACAGUGCAAAAACACCAACAUCUUAAUGUAAGGGAGGAAAAACAGACCAGUAUUGCAUCUCUUAGAGAAACAACAUCUCUUAAAGAGGACAGUGGAAUAAUAGAUCAGGGAAAAGAAGUUAAUGGGAAAGGUUCUCAGUUGAAUCUUUCUGAACUUAAGGACACAAGCCUUCAAUCAUUAGUGUCUCAGAAACAUUCAACCCCCCAAAAGAAAACCACAUCAGAGCACUCAAAUCUGAACUGUGAGGCUAUAAUGAAAUCAUUAGCAAAAACAUUUGCAGUUGUGGAAGUGAACAGAUGGAGUGAAAAGAGAAAUAGCACCAUAAAAACAAGUGACAUAACAAAGUUCAGUGAUGAUGAUGAAGAGUGUACUAGAAUAGAUGUCAGUGAAGACAACAGCAAAAGGAGUGAAAACCUAGAAUGUGAUACCAAACUCUCCAAGUCUGAGCUCAGCUCUUCUCAGGAGAUAGGUGAUUCUGUUUUAUUAGUUCUUAGCAGUGAUGAAAGCCAGCAGUCCGAAAACAGUGAAAGUGAAGAGGACACUCUGUGUUUUGUUGAAAAUAGUGGCCAAAGGGAGUCAAUAAGUGGAGACUCGGGAAAUACAUCCUGCAAAAAUGCAUUGUUUGUAAUUGAUACAACUCCUGGAUUGAGUGCUGAUAAAAAUUUUUAUUUGGAAGAGGAAGACAAAGCUAGUGAAGUUGCCAUUGAGGAAGAAAAAGAGGAAGAGGAAGAUGAUGAAAACAGUGAAGAACUGUCAGAUAAUGACAGAAAUGAAGAUGAUGAGUGUAGUGAUGAAGAUGACUUACUAAAUAACACAAAGUCUAAACUUCUGAAAUUGACAAGUAGCAGCAUAGACCCUGGUCUGAGUAUCAAGCAGUUGGGUGGUCUGUAUAUUAAUUUCAAUGCAGACAAACUACAGUCUAACAAGAGAACUCUGACACAGAUAAAGGAGAAGAAGAAAAAUGAGCUUCUGCAGAAAGCUAUUGUUACACCUGAUUUUGAAAAAAACUAUUCCAUUCCACCAUACAGUGAAUCAAAACGUCAACUUCAGAAAAAACGCAGGAAAGAGCGACAAAAAACAGCAGGUGAUGGCUGGUUUGGUAUGAAAGCUCCAGAAUUGACAGAUGAACUGAAAAAUGAUCUCAAAGCACUGAAGAUGAGAGCAAGCAUGGACCCAAAAAGAUUCUACAAGAAAAAUGAUAGAGAUGGCUUUCCUAAGUAUUUCCAGGUUGGAACCAUUGUUGACAAUCCAGCUGACUUCUACCAUUCACGAAUUCCCAAGAAGCAAAGGAAAAGAACUAUUGUGGAAGAACUGCUGGCUGAUUCUGAAUUCAGAAGAUACAACCGAAGGAAGUACUCAGAGAUCAUGGCUGAAAAAGCAGCAAAUGCAGCAGGAAAAAAGUUCCGUAAGAAGAAGAAAUUCCGCAAUUAAGACUCACGAAGCAUACCACAGUAUUUUAUGUCACAUCUUUGUUAAAUGAGUUUUAAAAACUAACACCAUCAUGUAAUUUAAUAUAGACUGGUUCUGUUUAUAGUGAUUUUUGUUUGGAAAUAAAGUUGAUUAACAGAGAA